AUGCAAGAUUCAACACCAAACUUGAAGGAUGCAGAAGAAACAUUUGUACUAGAAGUAUUAUCUGGUAGUGUGCAGUACAGAGCACUCAUGGAUAUAGUUGUCAAUGGCUUCUAUGCUAGAGAUGGCAAGAACUUCCCACAGUCUGAAAAGAGUUUAUAUGUAGCAAUAUGCUACAUAGCCACAUUUCAGAUGGAAGAACUUGGAUUUCAUAAUUUCACUAGAAUUGUUAAAUCUCAAGACAUUGACAAAACGUGCAAGUUUCUUAGGUUCUUCUUUAAUGUUGUGAACUUAAGCACAUGGAUAAAAGAUGAAUGGAGCAAAAUAUACGAUUCAAAUUUUGUCCGGGAAAACUGGAUGAAUCAUUUGUUGAAGUGGCAACAGGAAGUGCAAAAAUUAGUAGAGGACCUUUCAAUGAAAAUUACAAAUAGAUAUAGUCCGAAAAAGACCAUAAACGUAACCGAGUCAAAAGAAUUUAACCUAACAAAACCUAAAACCAGGAACAUGCCACCGCCUCAAAGAAUACCAAGCCUAAAAGGACACCAACCUAUUCCAGAGACAACAUAUAAGAUGCCAAAAGAGAAUGAAUUGCUGCAAGAAAAGAAACAAAAAAAUCGUCAAAAAGCAGAGGAAUUAUUUAUUGAAGCAAAUAUUGCACAGUUCAAAUGUGCCAAUGUGGAAAAGUCAGAAAAAACAAAGAGAACUUUAUCUGAAAUAAGAAAAGAAGAAGAUGCUAAACUGGCUUUUAAUGGAGUUAAAGCCAAUCAAACACAUUUAAUCAAGCCUGACAAUGUACCAGUGAAAUUAAACGCCACGGCAAUAUUAAGAGAGGGUGCCCUCUACCAGCGGAAAGUGGAUGCAGAACUUCGUAGAAUUGAAAGACUUGUCGAUGGAGCACGGGAUCCAACAGAGUUCCUGGAAUGGCAAAAACAGAUGCGUGAAAAAGACUUAGAACAACAGUUAGCGGAGAUAGAGUGCAGGCGUCUGGAAGGAAAGCUAAGCCGAGAGGAAGCUGUCUUGGCCCGUCAAAACCUUAUCCAAGAAAACAAAAAGAAAGCUGCUUUAAAGAAGGAGAAGACUGCGCAGCUCAUGCGCCAGUAUGCAGAGAAACGUCUCCAGGAAGAGAAGAACAUGAGAGACCUUGUGGAGGAGGUAGCAGAAGGGCACAAAAAUACCAAAAAGGCGCGAUUGCAGCUCCAGAAAUACAAGCAACAAAUAGUGCAAGAAGUGAAUGAGGAGAGUCGGGAACUUCUUCGUCAAGCUUUGGAGGAAGCAGAAGAAGAACUUAAAAAGAAAUUUGAACUGAUUCGCCAGAUACGAGCUAUUGAAUCUGUUCCGUUUAUAAGACAUAAAUUUGUGGAUUUAACUGAAACUGCUGGCCAUGGAUUCAGUUGUGAGAUGUCCCUUGUGGAGCUUCGGGAGCGUUUAGCCAUUUUAAAGGAGGCACAGAAAAAAGAAGAAGAGGAGAGACGGGACCAGAUUCUCCAUGAAAAACAGACACAACAACAGCUUCUUCUAGACAAACUGGAACAGAUCUCCCUACACAGAACAGCCCUUGGGAAAGCGGCUAUACUGAAGCACGAAGAAAAGAAAGCUAAAUCUGAGUUUACUAAAACGGCCAUUGCAAAAGAUGACCGUGUCAAUGGACUACAAAAAAAACUAGAGGAAAAAAUUCUGGAACGUAAAAAGCAAGAAGAAGCUUUAAAGAUAAAAGCUAAACAAAAUACCACCAGAUCGUAUAAGAAUUCUUUUGAAGAGGACCACUGGAAGGAGCUGGUACGGAGCCGUGAGCGUCAAGCAGAGCUUCUCCAGCAUGGAGUCUUGUCAAAAGAUACUGCGCUACGGAUAGCGACAUAUCAAGCAGCAAGAGCUGGAACGUCCACUGCCUAAGUGCCCUGCAUAAAACCAGUUAUUCAGUCACAUGGAUUCCUGCACAGUUUUAUAUAGCGACUUCUAGCUGCUAUGUGAAAGAUAAGACUGGAUUCAUUGCUAGAAUAACCAAAUAUGGAAUAAACUAACAAUGCAACAGUAUCAUUUCCUAUAAUUAAAAUCAAUUUAUACAUAUUGAAUCUCCUAGUGGCGAUUAAAUCUUAUGUGAGUCUCAAGCUUGAAAUUUCUUUUUUUAUAUAUCUCAAAAACUGUUAUUUUUUGCAUAUAUUUUGUUUCAUUUGUAAAAUUUCAAAUAAAUAACCACUAUUGGUAAAUCUUACCUAAUACAGUGCUAGUGAGAAGACAUUAUUGCAGGAGUGAUGUCAGACAAUAUAUUUAUGCGCAGGGCUGGAAAUGUAUAUCACUAUAGUCUACCACCAGUAAGGGGGGGAAUAUGGUGUAUGUAUAUGUGAACAUCAAAAUGGUACAAUAUAUUAAAAAUUAAUUCUAUUC